CAAUUCACAUCCCAUAAUUUCCCCCAAACCCAAUCCUUCUCACAGAAACACCCACUCUCUCUCUUACCACCUUUUCCCUUCUUUUUUUUAACAAUUAAAAUAAAUUAAAAAAAGGGGUAAUCCCUCACAUCUGACUUACGUUUCCACCAUUUCUUCUUCAUUCAUCUCCCCUAAUUUCUCAAUCACCUCCUCCACUUCACCUCUGCAAUUUCCUCCAUCCUCUCUCCUCCGCUGGUAGAUGGAACCACCUGCGACGGAAUCUUCCUCCGCUGCACCUCAAUCCACCGCUAACAACGACGAACAACGAGUUUAUUUGGUGCCUUUCAGGUGGUGGAAAGAGGCUCAAGAUGUUUCGACAUCGACGAGUGAUUCAAGCGGGGAGAGAGGGGUUUUAUACAGUGCGUCAUCCUCAUCGUCUUAUGCUGGUCCGUUGAAGCUUAUCAACAACAUUUUUGGUUCGGAUCUCUUGUUCAAUCUUAGGAGAGAGGAGGAAAUUAGUAAUAAAAAUGGUGAAGUUGGAGUUUCUGGCCGCGAUUAUGCUUUAGUUUCGGGAGAAAUGUGGUUGCAGGCUUUUAAAUGGCAUAGUGAUUCUAAAAGUGGAAUGAAGCGUGUUGGAAGUUUUUCAGCUGGUGAUGUUGACAUAGCAGAUGUUUACCCUUUACAACUCAGGCUUUCUGUUUUGCGAGAAGCAAACUCAUUAGGAGUUAAGAUUAGCAAAAAGGAUAAUGUUGCAGAACUCUUCAGACGAGCUUGCAAAAUAUUCAAUACUGAGGCUGAGUUGUUGCACAUAUGGGACUUCUCUGGCAGGACAAGUCAUUUUUUUGUGAAUGACAACAGCUCACCUCCAAAGGAUAUUCAGCGUCAAUCUGAUCAGGAGAUACUUCUGGAAUUGCAAAUUUAUGGGUUGUCAGACUCUCCCAAGUCUAGGGAUGGGAAGAGAGACGAGUUCUCUGAGAUGGCUAAUGCUGCAGGUUCCUCUUCCAGUGCAUCUACGACAAUGAAUGGUAGCACUGGAAACAGUUACCGUUUUCCUAGGACCAAUUCUUUAACUUUUAGUAGCAGUCCAGCUGAAUCAGGUUCUUUGGGCUUGACUGGAUUGCAAAAUCUUGGAAAUACAUGUUUUAUGAACAGUGCGCUUCAGUGCUUAGCACACACUCCAAAGCUUGUUGACUAUUUUCAUGGAGAGUACAAUAAAGAAAUUAAUCAUGAUAAUCCCUUGGGCAUGGAUGGUGAGAUUGCUUUGGCAUUUGGAGAUCUGAUAAGGAAGUUAUGGGCUCCCGGAGCGACUCCAGUAGCACCACGAAUAUUCAAAUCGAAGCUCUCUCGUUUCGCUCCUCAAUUCAGUGGCUUUAAUCAGCAUGAUUCACAAGAACUGCUUGCUUUUUUGUUGGAUGGACUACAUGAAGAUCUGAAUCGCGUGAAAUUAAAGCCUUAUGCAGAAGCUAAGGAUGGAGACGGUCGACCAGAUGAGGAUGUAGCUGAUGAGUAUUGGUUGAAUCAUCUGGCUCGGAAUGACUCUAUCAUUGUUGAUAUUUGUCAAGGUCAAUAUAGAUCUACACUAGUUUGUCCAGUUUGCAAAAAGGUGUCCAUUACUUUUGACCCCUUCAUGUAUCUGUCACUUCCUAUGCCUUCAACCACAAUGCGGACGAUGACCUUGACCGUCAUGAAUACUGAUGGUAGCUCCAUGCCAACGGUGUUCACUGUUUCUGUGCCUAAGUAUGGGAAAGGUGAAGACCUUGUUAAGGCCUUGACCACUGCAUGCUCGUUGCAAAUUGAUGAGACACUGUUGGUGGCUGAGAUAUACAACCAUCGUAUCAUUAGGUUUUUGGAAGAUUCAUCCGAUUCACUGUCCUUGAUUAGAGAUGAGGACCGUCUAGUUGCUUAUCGGCUACCUAAAGCUACUCAGAAAGAAGCUACAAUUGUGUUUAUGCAUCAGGAGGUGGAAGAGCAUUAUGUCCAUGGGAAACUUACUUCAGGAUGGAAAGCAUUUGGAAUUCCUCUUGUCGCUAGAAUCUGCAACAAUGCUAAUGGAUCAGAUAUCUGUAACUUGUAUACGAAGUUGCUUAAUCCAUUUCUCAUGCCCAAUGAAGAUGACUUACAAGAUCAGGAUGCCUCCAAAAGCACUGCUACUGAGAAUUUGGUAGAGAUCACCACAAAUCUUAUUGCUACGGAAACAAGUGAUGAUGCUGAACCCACUAAUGAAGAGGGGGUUAACUUAGCAGCUGAUAGUGAGUUCGAAUUCUACCUUACAGAUGAAAAGGGGAUUCUGAGGAACUCCAAAAUAGAAAUGGCGGAUCCUUUAACUUCUGAGGACCUUCCGAAACGGUUGAAUAUUGUUGUUUCUUGGCCUGAGAAGAAGAGUGAAAUUUUUGAUACUGUUCUUCUUGGUACUCUGCCUGAAAUAUUCAAGUCUGGCUUUCUGGCUAAAAGACCACAGGAGAUCGUAUCUCUUUAUAGAUGCCUGGAAGCAUUUUUAAAAGAGGAGCCUCUUGGACCUGAAGACAUGUGGUAUUGUCCCGGAUGUAAGCAGCACCGUCAGGCCACCAAAAAGUUAGAUCUUUGGAGACUCCCCGAAAUCCUGGUCAUUCACCUGAAGAGGUUUUCAUACAGCAGAUACACAAAAAACAAGCUGGAGGCGUAUGUUGAUUUCCCAGUUGAUGAUCUUAAUUUGUCCAUGUAUAUUGCUAACAAGAAUACCCAGCCAUCUUUCCGUUAUGUGCUUUAUGCAAUCAGCAAUCACUAUGGAGGCUUGGGAGGUGGUCAUUACACUGCUUUUGUCCAUCAUGGAGGUGGACGGUGGUAUGACUUUGAUGACAGCAAUGUAAUCCCCAUUAAUGAAGAGAGGAUAAAGACUUCAGCCGCUUAUGUUCUUUUCUAUAGAAGAGUUGCAGAUUCCUAACAGGCAAACAUCAGCUAUUGACUGUCAAUACUCUAGAGUAGCUUAUAUAUUAGGAAGCCUUUGAGUUAUUUAUUCAUUUAUUCAUUUGUUCCCAAAUCUGAGAAACAGUCUAAUUGAAAAGGUAGUAUUUGUUUGUUCUUUGGCAUCAUUUUUUUCCGGGGCGCUCAGGACAGGACUCCUUGACAGUUGUUGAUGAAACUCAAACGACGACCGUUGAACUGACCUUGCUGAUCAUGCUACGCUUGGCAGAUAAUAGCUUAAAUAGUUGAGUUUGGUACCAGGGUGAGCAUCUUUUACAUUUGUAGCUCUGCAGAUGAAAUUCCUUUAGUAGUUGUUACGGAUUACUAACCCAUUCGUUUUCAGGAAUUAAAAUUACCUGACAUCAUUUCUUCCUCUU